AUGGGUGCACUAUAUGAUCCACCAGCCAGGUAUAUUUUAAUCAGUUUUUAUUUAGCAAGCUGAUUUAGCAAUUGUUCAUUAAGAGAAAAGGAUGCUUGAUCACAUUUUACUAUAGUGAAUGUGUUUAAAACCUAAUUGUAUUGAAUGAUUGCAUAAACUUCUAUUUUUGGUGCAAAUGUAUCAAUUUCAUACAUGCUCUAUAUGUACAGAAGGUUGCCAUCAGACUGUUAGUCUUUGAUUUGAACUCUGUAAAGCCUGUCAGCUGUUGUUACAAAAGAGGGAAAAACAACAAGACCUCAAACUCAAGUGUGUCAUCUUUUCAUAAAGAAGAUCCCAUUACACAUUUUCCAGUCUUUCAAAAGUAUUGGUUAUUACGAACAUAUGGGCAGCAGGUGCCAAACCCAACCUCACCCUUCAUUCAAAAUAAUAGAACAGGAGUCAAGUUUCCUCAAACUAAACCAUCACAAUCGUUCCAGUGCCUUAAAGGGAUUUUCUGGCAUAAAAUUAAGUUGGAGUCAAACACACCGUUACACUGAGCUAGACAUCUCAUUGAGAGGUGAAUGUUGCCGACCGCUUGCUUCUCUAGUUAUACCAACAUUAGUAACGACCAGAGAUAGCAAUACAGAGAGCCACAUGCUCAACCAAAAAGCCACUCUACAGCCACAAAUAAUGCUCAGAACAGCACCUAACUUCAUCAACAGUACAUAUAGGGUCCCAGCCAUAGCACUAGCCACCAAAUAUCUUUUUAGCUUUGCCUAAUUUUUUUAGCGAGGAGACUAAACACAACUCACCAACUCUCUUCCAGCAGCCGCUUGUUUGUAGGGAGACCUCAGGCCAGUCCAUUACAAACUGCAGCGGGGUGACGCAGCUCAAGGAAGAACAUUUAUGAUCAUUUCUUUAUGAUUUCCUUGAAGUAAUAAUCAUCAUAUUAAUCAUCAAUAUUAAUCAUGCACUGCAGACUUGGUGUCGGUCUGAUUGCAUUCCAUAAAGAAACGAUCAUAAAUAUUCUUCCUUGAGCUGCGUCACCCUGCUGCAGUCCGUAAUAUAAACAAGCGGCUGGUGAAAGAGAGUAGGUGAGUUGUGUUUAGUGUCUUUGCUAAAGAAAUUAGGCAAGGUUAAAAAGAUAUUUGGUGGCUAGUGCUGUGGCUGAGACCCUAUAUGUACUGUUGAUCAAGUUAUGUGCCGUUCUGAGCAUUAUUUGUGGCUAUAGAGUGGCGUUUUGGUUGAGUGCGUGGCUCUGUGUAUUGCCAUCCUGCGGUCGUUACUAAAGUUGGUAUAACUAGAGAAGCAAGCAGUCUGCAACAUUCAUCUCUUGAUGGGGUGUCUAACUCUGUGUUAUGGUGUGUUUGACCUGAACUUAAUUUUACGUCGAAAUAUCCCUUUAACCCUGCUUACACAUUUCUCUUUUCUCCUCCCGCAGAACCACACAUCUUGCUGUUCCGGCGUCCUCUUCCCGGCCAGAAAUCAUAAGGGAGAGAUUCUUCAGGUCCUUGGCAGAUCAGCUUGGCAUACAUGCUGCAGAUCACCUCCUCAGGAUAGAGAUCAUGAUGUCUUGA